UGACAGCUGCUCCCUCAGCUCCUUUCAUGAACGUAUUGCCUUCUCGUUCAAAUGAAAGGCUGCGGAAUAUUAACUCGGUUUGUUCAGAGUCGUUUGUGACUGGCACUUGUUUGCUACUGAAUUCGAUUAUAUUUCCACGGAGGGAAAGCCGAUGGGGACUUCGAUGCAGAUCAUCCAAGAACAAGCUCUCCAUUAUACAAUAGCGAAAUUUUGGAGCCUACCAGGUCCGAUCCCUCUUUAUUGACCGCUUGAACUAACGCUACUGCAAAGUUGUGAGACGUCACGUUCAUAGCAAAAGUAUCACCAAGUUGUAAAAGUGGACGAAUAUCUGCUAAAGGUACACGGAAGUGUGAAAUUCAGCUGUACCAAACGUCUCAUAUCGGCUGUAAUAUCCAGCCUACUCAUAGCAGCGCGCCAUCUGAAAACAACCGCUUCCCGUUAGUCCAAAUGCAUUGUGGGUGAGAGUUGGUAAACAAAGUGGCGUUAAGCUAAAAUGUUUAGUUCGCUCGUCCUGUAUUUAAACAUAUCCACUAUGUGAAUGACUCGAAAGGCCCUUUGUAUUCCCGGUGAUCAAGAAUACAACUCAACACUCCUUCUAUUAUUUUAUUUCAAACAAACAACACAGCGGAGAGGUGUGGCUAAGGUUGGAGCCAAAAUGGCGAUGACAGGACGUCAUUUUCCCACUUAGCACUGAUUCAUCUAACAUUACUUAGCUAAGAAACAAGUGCGGAAUUGAACUGCUGCAGGUCCGGAGACAGUUGAAUAUGGCUGAACUUGACCAACACGAAGGAGAGCAGGACCUCGAAAAGAAAAUUGUGGAGACGAGACAAAGAUUCAAGAAUGAGUUCCUGCAAGACUCGGCAGAUAAGUACGAUUCUAGAGAUGUGGAAAGGUUUCACAAAGAUGAUGUCCUGGUGGAGAGCUACCUAGCAUGGAGACUUUAUGUUGUUGAUGAUGCUUUGAAAAUGAUCGAUGAAAGUCUUCAGUGGAGAAAAGAAUUUGGUGUGAAUGAUCUCACUGAGAGCACCGUUCCCACGUGGAUGUUUGAGACUGGUGCUGUCUUCCUCCAUGGCUAUGACAAAGAGGGCAACAAGCUCUUCUGGUUCAAAGUAAAGCUGCAUGUCAAGGAUGCAAAAGUAGCCUUGGACAAGAAGAAGUACGUUGCCUUCUGGCUGGAGCGCUAUGCGAAGAAAGAACCUGGGAUGCCGCUUACUGUUGUCUUUGACAUGACCGAGUCUGGCAUCAGCAACAUAGACAUGGACUUUGUGAAGUACAUUGUUAAUUGCUUCAAAGUAUAUUAUCCAAAGUUUUUAUCCAAAAUGGUCAUUGUGGAUAUGCCUUGGAUCAUGAAUGCUGCGUGGAAGAUUGUGAGGUCGUGGUUGGGUCCUGAGGCAAUCAACAAACUAAAGUUUGUACCGAGAUCAGAGGUCCAGGCAUUCAUAGACGCGGAGUACCUCCCACCUCACCUGGGUGGAACGGACCCCUUCAGAUAUAGCUACCCGCCUCUUCCUGAUGAUGACUUCCAAACUCCCAUCUGUGACAAUGGACCUAUUGUUAGUGAGGAUGAGACGGAGAGCAAAGAGGGUGAUAUGGAGAGCAAAGAUGCCCUUGAGUCCAGCUUCAGCUCUGAUGUUGCAGUAAAGCCCAAAAAGGUGAAUUUCCUGGAAGACAGUUUGAAGUCAGAGGACAAUGAUAAAGCAGACACAAGCACCAGGACCAAAGGAGCCAGAAAGCCAGUGACCACAUUCAAAGGCCUUCUACUAGAUGUUAGCCCCGCAGAGGAGCUCAGCUUUGGUUCUGGAGAGACCGAGAAAAAAUGUCUCAUUAUCCUGAACAAUGUGACCAAAAAUCAAGUGGCCUUCAAGGUGCGGACCACAGCACCUGAGAAGUACCGAGUGAAGCCCAGUAGCAGCUGCUGUGAACCGGGAGCUUCAGUAGACAUAGUGGUGUCCUUACAUGGAGGUUGUCAAGUUUCUCCACAGGACAGAUUUUUGGUUAUGGCUGCUGAAAUGGACAAUGUCGGAUCACAAGAGCUUACACAGUUCUGGAAAGAAGUGCCAAAAUCCAAGGUCAUGGAACACAGGUUGCGCUGUCGUGUUUUAGAGCGUGUCAAACCAACAGCGAGCCCUCUCAGAGGGAGUCCUGUGGAUAACGGGACCAGUGGGCAGCAAGAGUUAAACACAGUGCUCAUGCGGAUGAUGGUGUGCAACUCACGGCUGGAGCAGAAGCUGAAUACGUGUCUGUGGACACAGAAGGUUCUCACUGGGUUGGUGCUGGUCCUCAUGGUGCUUAACCUGCUGUGUCUCUAUCAGUUGGGUACUUCCCAGCAGCCAUCUUGACCUGUCACAGCAUCUGUCAACCACAGACAGCUCCAGCGGGGCUGCGGUUGACCGCCUGAGGGGCGGUCGCCUUGCACUCUCCCCUCGCCCGCCCUUGUCACAGGCUGUUUGUCACGGAGAGGAGGAGCACUGACCGUAGGGACAUGUGAGUUGCUGUGGAGUUGCUACAAAAAGGAACUCUACUUGUCUCUUUUCAGGGACUUCAGUUAUUUUACCAGACACUUUUAACCUUGUGACAUCAAAUCAGUAAUGUGUGUUUUUUUUUAAGACCGAUCAUGGAGAAAUAACUGUGUAUUUAUUUCAAAAGUCACAUUAUGAAGGAAAAAUUUAUUUUUGUGAUCAUAGUAUAAAUUUGUUUUAUAUAAAUCUACAGAAUUUAAAAUAAACACUUUUGUCAGUCUGCCUCAUUCUGUUUACCAUAAUGUUUUCUCCUGGUACAGUCAGGUCAGGCUUAGAUUAAACACCCACCUGUUUAUUUUGAGAUGCAGACGUUUUGGCCACUCACUUGUCAUGUUUUUCAGCUUUUAUGUACAGCAGGUAUUCAAGCUUUUUAAUAAACUCUCACUAGUA